AUGGCCCUUUUGCUGCCUUGGGAUCUUGCAGGUGUCGGCAAGGCGCGAGUGGCGGCGACGGCGCGACGGCUGACGUCAAAGCGAGACGCUGAUGUCAUUGGUCUUUUUUUAUCUGUUCCUUCAGGUUCAUCAACGCGAGACGGCGGAUCGUUCAACCUCUCAUUGACCAAUCAAAUCGCGCAGGCGGUGUGGGCGAAUAAUCACCUCCGCGUGGGGAAUCGAGAGAAUAAAGAGGUUGGACAACAGGAAGAUUCAGAAACUUCUGAACUCUCACGAACAUGA